UGUCAAAUAAAAAAAUAAAAAAUCGAACAUAAGUUUAAAAUUGUGGAUUAUCUAUGUCGACCGAUGAUUGAAUAAGAAAAGUCCACUGGUGUUUUUUUCUAGUUUUUGUUAAUUGAAUUAAAAAAAAAAAUAGGUACGAUGGCUGGCCCUUUGAUGCUGUCUUUCAUUAUAUUGUGCUUGAGUGUGAUAUGUCACAAUGGUGAAGCUGCGGAAAACGAGAACGCUCUAACGGCAACGCCGGAAUACAUUCUACCGUGUACACGAAGCGAUCCACAACUCGAUAAUUGCAUCAAGAACUCUUUCAACCACCUCCGUCCGUACCUGGCAAAGGGCCUGCCGGAUCUGGAGCUUCCUCCGGUGGAACCUCUCUUUAUUGAUCGGCUGGUGAUGGAAAACUCUGCCGGGCCAGUCAGGGUAACGGCUGCGUUCAGCAACAUUACUGUAAUAGGACCCAGUAAUUACACCGUGACCAAGAUCAGGUCGGAUUUGAAGAAGUUGCGCAUUGACCUCGGGCUGGUUCUACCUCGCAUCGAGAUCACAGGUCGUUACGAGGUGUCGGGACAAGUUCUCCUCUUCCCGGUUAGAUCACGUGGAGACUUUUGGGCUGCGUUUAUUGAUGUAGCGGCCAUAGCGAAGAUCUUCGGUAAAGAGGUUGAGAGGGACAACGUGAGAUACAUGACGGCCGACAGAUUGCUGGUUGAUUUCAAACUGAGGAAUUCGAGAUUCAAAGUGAAAGACACCGUCAACCACGGAAGUGUUAUUGGGGAAGCAAUGAACCAGUUCCUGAACAACAAUGCGGCUGAGAUCAUCGAGGAAAUGCGACCGGCCGCCUCGGCGUCGAUCGCCAAGCAUUUCCAGUCGUUCAUAAACGGCGCCUUCACGAAGAUACCCAUAGACGUGUGGCUCAAACCUUAGAUGAGCCUCAAAGCUUACUGAAGGUCAUUAAAGAAAUAGCAAUAGAUAUUCUGGAUAUGAAAUCGAUUUUACAGAUCACUGGAAUAUACUGGAAAUGAUUGUUUAGUUUGCAAAUAGUAAGUCUCCUAAAUAUCUUUUGAGAUAAUAAAAACCU